GAGGACAAUGAAGAGCCCGGCGCCAAAUCUAAACGAAAGCAUGGCGGUGGACUCAGAGGGCCAGUGAGCUCCUUCAGGUAAACUAUGUGCUUCUGAACACUAAACCAGUCCUCAACUCCUCCAAACGGACGAAGAUGAGUCUAAACUCGGAGCAGGUGGCUCUCACAGGCCUGGUGUUCCAAACCUACGUGACGGAGCAUCACAGGAACGAGGUGUUGCAGAUCCUUCGGGAACCUAACGAUGACGCUCAUUACUCGCUCGUGGUUAACGCCAUGACCUUAUUCGAGGCCAACAUGGAGGUGGCCGAGUAUUUCAACGCUUUCCCAAUCCAGGUGCUGCCCAUAUUCGACGAGGCUCUUCACGCCGCCGCUCUCGCCGUCUCUCGGUCCGAGCCGUCGUCGAGCUCCUGUAGGAUGAAACGCAACCUGCACGUCCGCAUCUCGGGUUUGCCAGUGUGCCCCGAAAUGACCCGAGAGCACAUUCCCAAAGCCCGGGACGUAGGCCACUUCCUGUCCGUCACCGGCACAGUCAUCCGCACCGGCGUGACCAAAGUGCUGGAAUACCAGCGGGACUACAUGUGCAGCAGGUGCAGACACGUGUUCUCCGUGCAGGCCGACUUCGAGCAGUACUACAGCUUCACCCCUCCAAGCCGCUGCCCCAGCGAGGACGAGUGCACCUCCUUCAAAUUCACCUGCCUGGCAGAACGAGACGCCCCGCUAUCAUCCUGCAGAGACUACCAGGAGAUUAAGAUCCAAGAGCAGGUACAGAGACUCUCCGUAGGCAGCAUCCCUCGCUCCAUGCUGGUUAUUUUAGAAGACGAUCUGGUAGACGGCUGCAAAUCCGGAGAUGAUAUUACGGUAUAUGGGGUGGUAUGGCAGCGCUGGAAGCCGCUGUACCAGGACUGUCGCUGUGACGUGGAGAUUGUACUGAAGGCCAAUUACAUCGAAAUCAACAACGAUCAGUCCACAGCAGCAGUGGCCCUCGAGGACUUUCAGAAAGAAUUCGAGGAAUUCUGGGAAAAUCACAAGCACAAUCGUAUAGCUGGCAGGAAUCAGAUCCUGAUGAGUCUGUGCCCCCAGGUGUUUGGAAUGUAUGUGGUAAAGUUGGCUGUAGCCUUGGUUUUGGCAGGUGGAGUGCAGCGAGUUGAUACUUCAGGAACGAAAGUGAGAGGUGAGUCUCACCUCUUGCUAGUGGGCGACCCAGGCACUGGGAAAUCUCAGUUUCUGAAGUACGCAGCAAAAAUCACGCCUCGCUCGGUCCUCACUGCUGGCAUCGGCUCUACUAACGCAGGUCUGACCGUAGCAGCAGUAAAGGACUCAGGAGAGUGGCACCUGGAGGCAGGAGCGCUAGUUCUCUCUGAUGGAGGUCUGUGCUGCAUUGAUGAGUUUAACAGUAUUAAAGAACACGACCGCACCAGCAUACACGAGGCCAUGGAGCAGCAGACCAUCAGUGUGGCCAAAGCUGGAAUGGUGUGUAAACUGGACACAAGGACCACGAUUCUUGCAGCCACCAACCCCAAAGGCCAGUACGACCCAAACGUGUCUGUGUCCGUGAACGUCGCUCUGGCCAGUCCACUCCUCAGCCGCUUUGACCUUGUUCUUGUCCUGCUGGACACCAAGAACCCGGAGUGGGACAAAAUCAUCUCCUCAUUUAUCCUCCAGAAUAAAGGUGUCCCAAGUCAGUCUUCAUCAUUAUGGAGCAUGGAGAAGAUGAGGGCGUACUUCUGCGUGAUAAAGAGGCUGCAGCCGCGCAUCACUCAAGACGCCAACUCCAUCCUGACUCGUUAUUACCAGCUACAGAGGCAGAGCGACAGCCGCAACGCCGCACGCACCACCAUCCGCAUGCUGGAGAGCCUCGGUCGCCUUGCAGAGGCCCAUGCCAAGCUGAUGUUCAGAGAGACCGUGACGGUGGAGGAUGCUGUGGUGGUGGUGUCUGUUAUGGAGUGCUCCAUGCAGGGUGGCGCACUGCUCGGGACCGUGAACGCUCUGCACACGUCGUUCCCUGAUGACCCUGGAGAGCAGUACAGAAGUCAGUGUGAGAUUGUGCUGGAGGGUCUGGGACUGACUCACAUCCUCACCAAAGAGCUACAGAGACUCUCCGGGAAUCCGCACGUCUCUGAUGAGCCGCCUGGAAGUAAGCGGCCGAGCGACGUUCGUAUGAGCGCUGAAGAGACGUCUGCCUCUGACCCAGGACUUGACUGGUUUACCAGCUUAACCAGUCCGUCUGAGGGGAGUUCAGCAUUCCCAGCAUCUCCCAUUCGCUCCUCUACACAGAAGCACCCAGAUGACAUGCCGUGCCCUGGAGUGUUGCCUAGCAACAACGUUGAGGCCUCGGCGUGGGAGAAGCAGGCCGACGAGGGCGGUUUGGUGGUGCAAAAGAUCUCCAAAAAGCUCAGGACCAAAAGAUUGAAAGAAAUGAACACAGAAAAAUCUCAGACUAAAGGAAUGAGCAAUGCGGAUGAAAGUUUGAAUGCGGAAUCUUCUUUAAACGCACUUCCAUGCCACAGCACGCCUGCGGUGGACCGGAAACAACCUUCUAAAAGAAAAGCACCCGUGAUGGAACAAUCAGAGAGUGCAAAUGUGCAGGUCGAUCUAUCGAGCUUCACUUUCAGGCCCAGAGCGAGAGUGAUGCAUGCAGCUCAGGAUGGAGUUUCAAAUCAGGCUCAUGAAAUGGAUCCCAAAAUUGCCACAGAACAUAAGAAGGAGAGGAAACAGUGUUCUAAACAGCCAGCAGAGGGCAGCAGUGUGUGCAAGAAGCUCCGAGUGCGAGUCCAGGCUGAAGUCGGAGAGAUUCCCUCAGGAAAGUCUCUAGAAAGAAACGGAACAGCUGACGACACCAAGCACAAACGUCAGCAGCUCAUCCACAGCCUGAACGUUCGGCCUCCAGACGAGCCCGAUUCCUCCGUUCAGCCACACCGGACUAAAGUCGCCUUCUCCACCCUGGCCAAGCUUUCAACGUUCUCCUUCGCCCCCUCUCCUGAGGAAAAGACCUGCCAGAAUCUUACCACAGCUUCAACACAGCAGAACAACACCCUGGUUUCCAAGGACGUCGUAAUGGAAAAAAAAGAUGGAAAAGAAAAGACGCACCCAAUCGCCACGAGCACGGAGCAGAAAAUCCAGACAAACCCCGCCCCCGGGAAGACUUGCGCGAAGACGAGCGGGCCACACGCAAGAGCAGAGAUGUGUGAUGAACAAUCCGAGAGCUCCAGGAAGAGGAAGUGUUUUGAGUUGAACUCGGGACGUCCCGGAGGUCUUUUCUCUGGGCUUUCUUUCUUCGGGGCCUCUAUUGUAGACGACGAAGCUCUUGAUGUCGAUUGGGACGAGGAGUCCAGAAUCAAAGCAAAUAUAUAGAUUUAUUGAUGAAAUCUCGAAGUUAAAAGAAAUAAAUUAGCAGUAAAGGAUUUA